AUGUAUACCAUCUCCUCUUCCUCUCCAUUAUUUCUUCACUGCCCACGGGCCUCACCAGAAGCAACGGGUUCCUCACUUAAUUCGCCAAGUUCCCCACCUCCAUUAUCCACUAAUUUUGUAAAUAAAAAUGUGGAAGAAGAGGGAGAACAACAGAAAAAUGAAGAUUUGUUAUUAAAAGAAUUAGCGGCAGAAGGGGAUGCCGAAUGUUUACUUAUUGCUUCUUGGCUAGAAUCUAAUAAUAAUAAUAAUUGUGUUGGGAGUGAAAAUAAUAAUAAUGAGGGAAUUAAUAAUAAUGAUGGAUUGGUGGGGGAUAUUAGUGAGCCCCAAAGACCCCGAUUUUCAUUGGAUCGACUAGUCCCUCCAGAAUUACAAUUAGAAAUUACAAAACCAAUCCUUGAAGAAAAACAAAUUUGUGGGGAUUUUUCUUUACAAAAAUCCUCCCCUCGUGGACAAUGUCAAGGAACGGUUUAUGUACAUUUUCAUCACGAAAAAAAUAAUUUUGAUAUAAAAAUUAAAAAGGAAGGGGAAGAAAAUGGAGAACAAAAAAGAAUAAUAAAUUUAAAUAAAAAGAAGAGAAGGCUAUUGUCUAUAAAUAAUAAUAAUUUUGUUGUUGGUAAUGAACAAAGAAAUGAACAAAAUGAAGAAGUGUCAUAUCAACACCAACAAAUUCAAAAAGAAAAAGAAGAAAACAAAUCUUCAAUUAAUCAAAAAAUCUCUCCCUAUUCAACAUCCCCUUCUCUUCGUUCGGGGGUUACAUUACUCGAACAACUAGUCAAAUCUCAUCCUAUAUGGUUCCUUCCUCAUUUAAAUAGACAAGAAGCUUCUCAUCUUUUGAGGCAUCAGGAACCCGGAGUUUUUAUUGUUCGAGGUUCUAGCCGUAUUAUUAGCAACAACAACAAUUCUUUUACUAAUUCUGAUAUUUCGGCUUCUUUUCAUUCUUCCACUCAGCGUUCCUCUAUUUCUGUUAUGGCCCUCUCUGUUAAAUUACCCCCUCCAAAGGAGGAAGAAGAAAACGAAAAUAUUAAUAAUGAAGAUAAAUUGGAUACAGAUCAGUUGGAUCAUUUUUUGCUUGAAGCUGUGGGUUCUGGGCAGUCUGUUCGGUUACAGGGAUCGCCUCGUACAUUUACCUCUUUACCUCUUUUAUUGGAGCAUUAUUGUCAACCUGAAGCAAUUCAAGAACUCAAAUGUAGUCUUUGUUUGCCUAGUGCUGUUGCAAAGUGUGAAACAAUAAAUGGUUUACAAGGAUUGGCUUUGAUGGGGCAAGGCAAUCCAAAGGCUUUUCAAAACAAUUCUACACAUUACCAACUUCCUUCCAAUGAUUAUUCCUGUUCUUCUUGUACGCGUUCACAAUGCCAUUCGCCUGCUUCCUCCUCUCUAAGAAGCGGGCCACUUCCUGCAAUUCCUGCAUUACAACAACAACAACAGCCUCCCAAAAUGGGGACUUUUAUUACACAACAAACGAAUCAUCAAAGCACCAAUAACCAUCAUUUCUUUUAUUGUGAAUCCCCUUGUCCGUCUACCACUUCGACGGCAGUAUCAGCUCCUCCAGCUUCUCUCAUUGUUGGGGAACCUUCCUCUUUAUAUGGAUAUCAUCACCAUCAAAGGGCUAAUAAUGAUUUUUGCUGUUGCUGUUGUUGUGCAGCAAAUGGGUGUCCUGGACAUCAACAACAAUUGUUGAUACAACAACAAAGACAAUUUGCACUUCCUCUACGUAAAAGUCGAUCAGUUCAAUCCUCCUUUCUUUCCGGCACCCCACCACCACCACCACCCCAACCUCAAUAUUCUUCUCACAAAUCAACAGCCCCAUCAUUUUGUCAAUCUCCAAGUACCCAAAGUUUGAGAGAAUCUAAUUAUGGACGUUUUAUGAUUCCUCCGCCUUUGAAGAAAAGAGGCCCUGAAUCUUUUUUACGUGCAUUAUUUUCGCCAUCACCCCAAAGAAGAAGGCCUAAAGCGAAUGGAUCAAGUUGGGAAUGGAUGCCUUCUCCGGCUAAUAGUCCUUUAUGGGAAGAAGAACAACAACAACCAACAAUUCUAGGUAAUAAAAGCAAUAUCAUCAGCACUGCUCAACAACAACAACCACCAUUAAAACCAACAACAAUAACAAAUGCUCAUUUAAAACAACAACAAAGACAGCAACAACAACCAUCGGGAUCUUCAAUAUUUGCUCGUUUAAAGGGUAAUUUCCGAAGAACGAGUAGUUCAGGGAUUUCUUCUCCUUCCUCAAAGGAUGAUUGGCAAGGACGUAAUCAAGGUAGAGAGAAAGAGGAGUAUGAUCAAAUUAAAUUAGGAAAAAUGUUAGGACAUUUUAAAGAAUUAAAACUCACCGAAAACCUCACUAUAAGGGGAACUUCGGUAUUAUAGAGAGCUGUCUAAUUGAUAUAGAGAGCUGUCUAAUGAUUUAGGCGUUUCAACAAAUUCCGAUAGUGGCUUUUUUUAAGGUACCUUUCAUUUUAGGGUAUGAUUUUUCACCCAGGGCGGUAGGUGUCUUGUUGUGAGGGCGACUUAUUAUCUUGGUGAUCUGUCUUUUAUUUAUCAGUCUAUAAACUUUAGG